GGCAUCAGUAGCAGCAGCGGCAGCAGUUGUCUGACCACAGCGUCGCUGAAGCGCGUCGGGGAGGAGGAGUGGGGAGGACUAAGCCGGUGACGAGAUGUGCUGCGGCGGCGGCGACUGCCGGCCGAUCGGGUGGCUGCUCGGCCUGCCCUUCGCGCUCCUCGCCGUCGUCGUCUCCUUCAUCGGCGCCAUCAUCUGGAUCGUCGGGCUGCCGAUCUCAUGCAUCUGCCCGUGCUGCCUGUGCGUGACGGUGCUGCUCGAGGUGGCGGUGGAGCUCGUCAAGGCGCCGCUCCAUGUCAUGACGUGGUUCACCUCCAAGAUACCCUGCUGAUUAUUUUGUUUCUCCAUGCAUCUUUCUGCUGAAUAUAUCUCCAUUUGGUUUAUUAAUUACUGUUCGUGGAUUCCAGUUCGUAGAAAAAAUGUGUGUUUUUUUUUGAUUCCUUUUGGAUGGACACUUGUCUGGUUCUGAAUUUGUGAGAGAUUGUGAAGGGUUGCUUGCUUGAUGAUCGUUGUGUUGUUCGUCCGUCAGUUUCGGCGUCUGUUUUUUUUGUUGUUGUGUUGGUAUGAUGAUUUUCUGGAACUUGAUGAGUGCUUGUGGAAUGCCGAUGCCUAAUGUCAUUUGGUGAUGCUUAUGUUGAUUGAGACUCAAAACUUAAUUGGAUUGUGGUAGCUGCGGCUAUAGUAUGGAAGAUGUUGCUUCCAUUAUUUUGGAACGGAAUUUGAUCCUCCCUGUUACUCGCGUUCAAAUUUGUGU